AUGCAUUCUUGUCUCGGUCAACGCACGUCGUGCGCGAAGCGCGUGAACGCGGUGCACGUGAACGAAAACGCGCGCACUAAUGUUCUCCGUCGAACGAACUCUUUGCGAUCGCGGGCGGUGCAAACGAAGGCGUCGACGAACACGGAUGUGAAAAUGUUGGUCCAAGGCUUGCACUUGGAGAUCACGCCUGCGAUCGACGAGUACGUGAGGAGCAAGAUUGGACGAGCUUGCUCGCACGUGGAUUCGAGAGAUAUUCGGGAGGUUGAUGUGCGAUGCAGCGCUCGAGGGGGCGAGGGGUCGAAGGGUGGGGUCGAACAUAAGACGGAAGUGACGGUUUUGAUGACGCGCGGGCCCACACUGCACGCGGACGGAGUUGGGGAGAAUCUUUACGCGACAAUCGAUCAGUGCGCGGACAUCGUGACGCGGUCGAUUCGAAAGCACAAGGAGAAGCAUGGUGGCAAGGGAGCGAGACACGCCGCGCACGAUGCGUCGCCAAAGGAGGCUCUCCUGGAUGCGGAGGACGUUGACGGCGACGACGUGCCUCCGGCGGCGUAA